GUUUUUGGCAAACAUGCUACUGUUUUGUUUAUGUUUCUCCAUAAUAUCGGAAAUUUUAUCACAGAACCCUUCAAAUUACGCUCAGAGGAGUAUUUAUAAUAAAAUCAAACAGGAAGAUGAAUUUCAGGGAUUCGUUGGUUUGAUUCAGCAUAAUAGGGAUGCUACAAUGGACCUUAUAAGACAUGAAUUAACUAUAUUUGUACCGACAAAUUCUGCUUUUGAAAACUACCCAUAUCCCCUUCAUUCCGAUUUAGCUUUUUAUCAUAUGGCCAACGAGUCUAGGACCUUGAAAGACCUUAAGACUAUUCAGAAUAUUUCAACGAUUGAAGACAAUUUCCCAAAAUUAUGGAUUACCAAAACCGACGAGGGUGUAUUUAUCAAUAAUGCUAAAAUUAUUGAGUUUAGGUCUGAUUAUCCUGGUAGAACUAGGAACGGAAACGAUGGAAAAGAUCAGAUGCUCCACAUUAUUGAUGAUGUUUUAGACCCUAUCGUUCGCCAUCCUAAAUUUCCACAUACAGCCCAUGAUUUUCUGGUUUCAAAUGAAAAAUGGCAUUUGGACGCUAACAAAUCUGUCUCUAGCUUCUUGCAUAAAGUGAGGGAAAAUGAAUUAAGCCAUUUAUACGGAAUAGAAGGUUCUAAUACGUACUUCAUACCGGUAGAUCGUGGUUUUGAUACUCAAAAAUUCAAAAAACUAACCAAAAACUCGAUAUUUGGCCACAUAGUACCUGGCUACGUGUUAUUUACCAGACCCACAAUGAGAAGGCUAAAUUAUGAAACCAUGGCUAACGGUCAUGAUAUCUACAUGGUAUUAUCUUUUGAAGAAAUUGGUAAUAAAUUGUACGUCAAAGGUAGUACAAUAACCGGAACCGAUGAGAACCCGAAAGGUGAAAUGAUGGCUGAAUUAUUGAACGCGAAUAUUCCUGUACAAAAUGGCGUGGUACAUUUGAUUUCCGAGCCUCUGGGGAUUUUUAAAAAAGUGUUAAAACCAUUUCCAUACUUGCCUAUCAUGCAUAAGCUGUCUACUGAUCCUGAAUUGUCUACUGUGUAUGAUAUGGGAGAAACAACAGGUUUCAACAAAAUCUUCACAACUAACAAUUUGAGUUUCACUUACUUCGUCGCGCAAGAUUUCGCAUGGCGACAAAUCAAGAAAAAAGGUCUAAGUUUUUCCGGAACUGACGUAGACCUACUUAAAAGACAUUUAAUAAUAUCCGAAGUACCUUACACAAUGGAAAGUCUUUUGUCAUUAUCGAGCGGCAGAAAUUACACGCAUGUGGAAUUGAAAACGGUGGGAGGUUUUCUAAGAUUUGUGGUGCUUCUAAUUGAAGAUUCUUAUUUUAUUCGAUGGAAUAAAAUGUACAUUAAAGUGUUACGGUCAAAUUAUGAAUGUAGCGAUGGACUUGUGCAUAUUUUGGCUGGGCCUAUUGCAAUUUUAAAUUGAAUUUAAUGUCACGUUUUAUGUAUUAGAAGUUGUAAGUUGCGAGAAAUGGUUUAUUACACAGACGAGAGCUGUGUAAUGCCGGCAGUGCUCGAGUCAUCUGUAGGUAUGAUGUAUUUACUCAUCAAUGGAAAAAUUGUAGAUGCCAAUUUCAAAAAAAUAUCAGAUAACCUUUGGAAAUUAUUUUUUUUUUUAGUUUUAAGCUCCUGUCUUCACAUAGUUUGUUACCAAUGCCUUAACAUAAAAGUCAUAAAAACAGAAAACUAAAACGAACAUAAUUUUAGACAACAAAUAUAUAUAAAAUUUGGCAAAAAUAGUUUCAUAUUCAAACUCUUAUAUUUCUAUACCGACUCAGGGAUGGAAGAACUUUGAAAAGUAAUGGAAGUCUUAAAUCUGGUACAAUGUGACGUAAUUGAAAAACUCAAUAAGAAAUAUGAAAGAAUAGGCUAUAAUCCUUCAAGAAAAGAGUAAUUGAAUUUGCUCACUAACGCUAAAUCAUCUUCAAUAGCCUACUACGUGUUUACCGCAUAGAAUAAUCAUUAAUUGUUUUGCGUCACAAUAGCCAAAUGCAAAUAAAUCAAUUAAACCAAUCAGUAAUUGACGAGCGAAAAGAAUUUAAAUUUACUUACGUCUUUCACUUUUUGUGCCUGGAACAAAUAACAGUAGAGCAAAUUGUCGUUGUCGUCCCGUAAUAGGUAAAGGAACGUGCAGGCAUCAAUAUCAGCUUGCGAAAAUCGUGUAAUUUGAUUGAUUCUGUGUGAGAAUUGUAGUUCAAAGUCCAUGUUGUAGGCUUGGAGGAUGCCGUCUUCCACUCCUACACUUAACUGAAAAAAAAACAUCCAUUAAUCGUCUAUAUAGGUAUUAAAGAGAGCUUUUUUUCUAUUUAACAUGCACGAGUGCAGAUUUGUCACAAAAUAUGUAUGUAUA